AUGCCUACUUCAAACGCUUCCGGCGAUGCUUCAACAAACAACAUGAAUUCUUCUUCUGCGGAGGGGUCCCUCAACGGGCAGCUAGACAAGUCUGGACGAUUGCACAAAAGGUCACGCUCUGGUAUGAACAUCUACACUGCUUUAUGGUCGAUUGCCUUCUUUGGAUUAUUAACAUCGACGAUCUCCAUAGGUUGCUUCACCUGUCGCCUGCGAAGAAAAAAGUGCGAUGAAGGCCAUCCCGCUUGCAAAGCCUGUGCGAAUCUUUGCAUCAAAUGUGAAUAUAAACGACCCGUAUGGUGGAGCAAUGCAGAGCAAAGAAGGCAACAAAAAGAACGGAUCAAAAUCAAAAUAAAGCAGACCAAGUCAUUGGAACGAAGUGGAUCUCUUCAGGAGCAUAUGAACCGCGCCCUCUCAUCGCCGAGUUCUGGAGAAAACGACUUCAGCCGCCCGAUUUAUGCUGAGAGAUACGAUCCAAGUUUCGCAGCGCACUUUUCGACUCCUGGAUUCGUACCGAUAUCUUAUCCGCAGCACUAUCCUUAUGAAGUUGAUGUCAAAACCGAACGCCAAACAUUUGUGAACGAUGUACCUCUGCGACAUGACUCUUCGGUCUCUACCUUCAAUGCGAUGGGCCCGCCACAACUUCACGCCACACUUCCCACUUUCCCGUCAGAUGAGUGGCUUCAAGAAGAAUGUUUUGACUCUUCUCGUCAAUUCUCCCAGGGAAAUACAGUCCUAGGUGGUCAACGUGUUGGACAAUCUCACGCCUCCCUACAAGCCAAUAUUCCCGUCGAUGACUAUGACCGACCGCUUCUGGAUCAUUUCGUGGACAAUGUCUUGCGUAUGAUUUUCCCAAUCCUGGAGGUUCAUCAGCGUGGUUCUGCGCGGGCUCGGGCUGUUCUUCAGUCUCUGGAGACAAACAAGUCAUACUUCCAUUGCUGUCUUAGUGUCGCCGCAAUUCAUCUCAAAACAACAAGUCGACUAAAUGGUGAACAAAUCGACCACGAUAUUAUGCGUCAUCGCUAUGAAGCCAUUUCCGAGUUGUGCAAGGCACUGAAUAAGGACGCUGAUCAUGAGCACAUUUUGGAUGCGACUCUUGCCAUGAUCUUCUUUCAUUGCUCGGUUGGCGCGCCCGAUGAUUACCUCCCUGAUAUCCCCUGGAACGACCAUUUCCAAGCUGCAUCAAACCUAGUCAGCAAACUGGAUUUAACCAACCAAUUAAUCCCAUGUGGUCCAAUGCACACAGUACCCCCUUUUAGCAUGUCUUUGACAUCCUGGAUUGACAUUCUGGGUGCCACAAUGCUUGGGAAAACACCCCAGUUCGCUCACUCUUAUCGCGCUAAGCACCUAAGUGGAACAUCUUCUGGUCUCCGAGAACUCAUGGGAUGCGAUGACCGUAUUAUGUACCUCAUCUCUGAAGUUGCCUGUCUAGAAUCACUCAAAAUGGAGGGUCGCAUUGACUCCAUUGCUGUUUGCACACACGUCUCGGCUUUGGGCAGUCAGUUGGAAUACACCGAAGAUGCCGAUACAACGCUAAUGAGCCCGUAUUCACCGGAAACUGGGGCAAUUCGCCCCGAUGCAUUGACAAAAACGAUGACUGCUAUCUUCCGCAUUGCCGCCCGCAUCUACCUCUGCAGCCUCAUUCCUGGAAGCGAUCGCAAUCAGACCAGCACCAUCAAUCUUGUUAAUGCACUGACAGAUGCCAUGUCUUACAUUCCAGCAGGACCUUUUGGCUUUGACCGCUCUCUUGUUUGGCCACUUCUUAUCGCUGGGGCUUUCUCUACUCCCUCGAGCUCAUUCCGUCAAGUCUUGGAUGAUCGAGUGACUGCCUUGGGCGAUCUUGCCGAAUUGGGAAGUAUUGGUCGCAUGUACCAAUUGUUGAAUGAUUACUGGCGGUUAUCUGAUGAUCCCGUCAGCCCGUCCUUCCCUUUGGAAGAGAACGAGCUCGAGGCAGGAUAUCAAUCCACGGACAUGAGACGGGAUGCCAUCCCUUCUGUUCCUCUUUUGUCGCCUGGCAUGCGAGAAAUUAAGAGGCAGCAGGUUCACUGGCGAGAUGUCAUGAACCGAAAUGGAUGGCGCCAUCUUCUGAUUUGA